AUGCCGCCUACGAUGGCUCUGCAUCCACGCACCUCCUGCACACCUGGGCGGCCGCCACCUAUCAUCGACCUGAUUCUCCUCCCCAACCUAAGGUGCUUGUACGAAGUCUUCAUCCAAGGGGCGCCAAGCAGCGAAGAGUUGGAGUCCAUCAAGAUGUCCACCGACCAGCUCCUCGCCACGUUCGCUCUGUCAAAGGAUGACCUAAAGCGCGUUAAGGACGUUGUGGCCGACGAGGCUAUUAGGCGAGGCGUUGUGCCGCCCCGAUGCUCCUCUCUGGUUGCCACCUUCGGCUUGCGAGCCAAGGAGGGCGGCAGCGGCGGCCCCGGAGAGGGCCCGAUGACCUACAUGGCCUUAGCCGUCGACCACCGCUCGCGGAUGAAGCCUCCCUUGUCAGACAAGUACCUGGGCAACUGCGUCGGCCUAGCGUUCGUGCUCGCACCAACGGGCGAGCUGGCCACGGCUGGCGUAGGAGGGAUCUUCAGCACGUGCACCGCCGUCGCCUCCUCCAUUGAUGAAGCUGUACGCGACAUCGGGACGUCGAGCAUGGAGGUGUGGAUGGACUGCAACAGGGAGGUGUUCCCGAUGGGUGUACUGACCGUGUCCAGCUUGCCGAGGUUCCGCGUCUACGACCUGGACUUCGAAUUUGGCUGGCCAACAAAGGUGGACGUCGUGCCCAUGUCGAGCAUCGGCGUAGUGGCGGUGGCGGAGAGCCGGGGUGGCGAUGGCGGGAUAGAGGUGGGGGUCUCUCUUCAGCCAGCAGCCAUAGGGAGCUACAAGAAGUGCUUCACGGAUGCUAUCACGUGGCUCUACCAGAAGACAAGAGGGCUUGUACAAUGCGAGAGAUGCUUUAGAGGAGAGAGAAAAGUAAGAGUUCACUAA